CAGUGCAGGGAGCAAGAAGGGUCUCGAGGAGAGGAGAGUCUCAAGAAGCAAGUACAGAUACUGCGAUGGUGCCACUCUACGCUAUUCUUGUGUUUUUCAGCAAAGUGUGUGGUCUGCUUGGGAAGAGUGUAGUUCAGCCUAACACGCUUGUGACAGCUGAGCAUGGAGGUACUGUGACUCUCGUAUGUUUCCAUUCUACAGAAGAUGUGAUAUUAAUCAGCUGGUUAAAGCAACCUCUUGGACAGAAGCCUCAGCUUGUAGCAACUGCGUCAAGAUUUGGAUCAGAUGUUACAUUUCCAAAUGAGUUUAAGAACAGCACACGUCUCAGACCUAAAGGAACGAAGGGAAACUUUAACCUGACUAUCUCACAAGUAGAGCCAUCUGAUUCAGCAACAUACUACUGUAUAACGUCUACAACCUUCAAUGGGAUUAGUUUUGGAGAUGGAACUACUUUAAUGGUGAUGGAGUCCCAGAGCAGGACAGUAGUACUCCAGCAGCCCGAGUCUGAGUCAGUGCAGUCAGGAGACUCUGUGCCUGACUCUGUGCAGUGUACAGUGCACACUGAGACCUGUGCAGGAGAACACAGUGUGUACUGGUUCAGACAGGCCUCAGGAGAGUCCCCUCCAGGAAUCAUUCACACCCAUGGACACAGGAGUGAUGAGUGCCAGAGGAGCUCUGGGACUGUGUCUCCCACACAGAGCUGUGUCUACAACUUCCCCAAGAGGAACCUCAGCCGCUCUGAUGCUGGGACUUAUUACUGUGCUGUGGCCACCUGUGGAGAGAUCCUGUUUGGGAACGGGACCAAACUGGAUGUUGAGGCACCCAGGUCUCCCAGCAUCCUGCAGGAGCUGCAGAACCACGGACAGAACCACGGACAGACCACGGACAGACCACGGACUGCACCAGCCCCACUCACAGGCGGGGUGGAAGAUGUGGCUCAUUGCGCUGGAAGUCCCCACUCAAACUCAGAAACAGAGCUUUCUCUGUGGCUCCUCCCAGCCUGUGGACCGCCCUCCCAAUGCACAUGA